AUGGAUAUGUUUUGGUUGUUUCAGUACCAGUUUACACUGAAAAAGAUUUUCUGGUUUAUCUUUCCAUCCCUUCAAGCUGGCCAAGUUUUUAUAAUUAUCAGCUUACGCACCGUGUUUAUGGUAAAAUUGGUUGUGCUUGUGUCUGGUAAACGCAAAUCGGGCAAGGAUUACUGUUGCGAGAAGCUCAAAGCGGCUCUUGAGCCUUUGAAAGUGUCCAUACAUGGUGUUUCGCAUAGUUUGAAGGCUAUUUACGCUGAAACUCAUGGGCUGGAUUAUUCACAACUCAUAUCUGAUGGUCCUUACAAAGAAAGUCACCGAUUAGAAAUGAUUAAUUGGGGUGAAAAUGUACGAGACAAUGAUCCAAGCUUCUUUUGCAGGGCCACAAUCCCAUCCAGUUGUGAAGAUGACAUCGUGAUUAUUUCUGACUGUAGAAGACCUACGGAUAUAGAUUACUUCCAAAGCCACUACCGUACAUUGACAGUUCGUGUCGAAGCACAUUUGAAGGAACGAGAAAAGCGCGGAUUCGUGUUCGUAACGGGGAUUGAUGAUAUGCCAUCGGAGUGUGCCCUAGAUGGGUAUGACCAUGACGUCACCAUAGUGAACGACCAUUCCAGGGUGUUCUCAUCUGAAAUUGCUAAUGUUGUUUGGCGAAUUCGAAACUCAUUAUAGCAAUCAUGUUCUUACUGAUAUCGUUUUACAUUUCUAGACUUUAGGCUGGGUUCAUAUUAGUCCAUAUGUUCCGGAGCAGUUUCAGCACAACGCACAGUUCGAGCGCUGUGCUGGAACUGUUCCGGAACUUGGGGAUCUGUAUGACCAGCCUUACAUCCAAGACACUGGGGAACUUUCACUUGGUUAAUGAUCUUACCCUUCCAGCGCUUGCUACGGUUUUUACCCUUGUUUUACUCUUGUACGGACUGCAAAGUUCAAUAACUGCACUUCCGGGCAGACUGCACUGUUCUGAAAGUACGGCCUAAAGCCCAGCCAAAAUCGGAGUGAUGACGUUUCCAACCCUUCGCGUAGGC